AUGAGUAUUCAAACCUCUGACGACCAUGAGUCACUUGCAGAUCCAGCUUUGUUGGACAAGAUCGACAAGCUUUUUGCUUGUAAUGUCGGUGAAUAUAUUAACCUGCCCCAACUUGUUGUGGUGGGAGAUCAGUCUAGUGGCAAAAGUUCGGUCUUGGAGGGGUUGACAAAGCUUGCCUUUCCUCGAGAUAGCGGCUUGUGCACUAGGUUUGCUACACAAAUCAUCUUUCGAAGGAUUGAGGCUGGCGAGAGAACUAUUACAGACACCAUUAUCCCAGGCAGCGAUGCGAAUAAUCCUUCUCAGCUGAGAGAAUGGAAAGCAUCAGACCUGCAGUCUCUGGAUGGUGCUGCGUUCUCUGCAGUGAUGUCAGAAGUCCAUGCACUCAUGGGACUUUCUACAUCAAAGGAAGACGGAAAACCCACAUUUUCCAGCAAUGUGCUGCGACUGGAAAUUUGCGGCCCGGAUGAAGACCAUUUAAGUGUGAUUGACGUACCUGGAAUUUUUCGAAAUACGACACCGGGAGUUACCACAAAAGGGGACAAAGAUAUGGUUCGAGAAAUGGUACUUGAGUAUAUGCGGAAUCCGCGCUCUAUUAUGCUCACUGUUGUGCCGGCCAAUGUUGAUAUCGCAACACAAGAAAUCAUUGACAUGGAAAGAGAAGUAGAUCCGGAGGGCAAGAGAACUUUAGGAGUUCUGACAAAACCAGAUUUGAUCGACAGAGGUGCUGAAAGCAGAGUCGUAGACCUCGUGGAAGACCGAGAGAUGAGACUUAAGCUAGGUUGGAUCAUAGUACGAAAUCUAGGCCAAAUGGAGCUUCAGGAAGGGAUUACCGACCGAGAUGCCGCAGAGGAGAGGUUUCGCCUUACCCCUCCGUGGAACACCCUUAGCAAAGAUCGUUUUGGAAUCAAGGCCUUGAAGUCUCGUCUGCAAGAAACGGUGACUGUAAACGCCCGUGAAACCUUCCCUGAGGUACGUGGUGAGAUUAGCAAAAAGCUAAGAGAUUGCCAAAAUGAGCUUCAAGCACUAGGAGUUGAACGCGAAACCCGAGAGCAGCAGCUUGGGUAUCUGCUGGGCAUCAUGAACUUAUUCCAGGACAUCACGCGGCAGGCUUUGACUACAAGCUACAGCUCCAACGAUUCUUUUGAUAGCCAAUGGGAACUCCGACUCGCUACAAGGAUUGUGAAUCGAAAUGACGUUUUUUCCAAGGACAUGGCCGUAUGGGGUCACAAAUAUGAAUUUGCGCGAGAUGCCGAUGGAGACUCUAAUAGCUCCGAUUCAGAGGUCAAGCAUGAAGAUGAGGAUGUGGAAAGCGCCCGUGCUGUUGCGAGAGUCGAACACUUAAAGAUCAGAAAGACCAGCGACAUGCCUGAUCUAGAAGUUCUUGUGCAUAGCAUGGAGACAGACAGAGUUGUCACGCCGAGAAGUCACAUACACUCCUGGAUUGAGAAGCAAUAUCGCGACUCACGAGGCUUCGAAAUUGGAACGUUCAGCUCCACUUUACUUGCCACGACUAUGAAACAGCAAUCGGACAAGUGGACAUCAAUUGCACGUGCCUAUAUCAGGUAUCAUCUUUGUCCAGUAACUAUGUCCCAUCGGGCUUGUCACCACGGCAUUCUCGAUUGUCCGUGCGUAUGGUUCAGAUAUUGCCACCACCCCAUAAUCUCUAAUCUUGUCAUCGUUCAUUAA